AAAUCGGCGACGAUCUGCAGCGUCACCCAGCGACGAGAUGUCCGAGAGCUGCUGCGACCGUCGGACGCUGAUGAGUUCCUUUCCUCCCCACCUUGUUCUUCCCCGCUCUGGCACGGGCACACAGCCUCCGCACCUGGCCAACAGUCCAACAGGCGGCCUCGUCAACAGCUCUAACCCUAACUUGUUUUCCCCCUCCCAGUCAGCCAGUGCGGCCGUACCCCCGUCCCGCCCGCGCGAGCGCGACGCCGCCUGGCGCCAGCCACGGAGCUGCCCGACCCUCCAGCCGCGCCGCCGUCGCCGCCGCUUGGUCCCGAAGCGUCGAUCCGGCGACGCCCGACGCCGCAACGUGUCGCGGCCGCGCUGAGUCCCUCACAGCCGCUCUGCUGACUGCUGUGCAAGCCUGCAUCUCUGCACCUGGUUUUUGAGCAAGCACAGGAGCGGAGAUGCAGAGGCUGGGGGAUUUCAGGCUGCCGCCCUUCUUCAACUACCCACCUUACUUCACUUUGCAGCCUGUGCGCGAAACGCGGGAAAAGCAAGUACAGUUAUGGAAAGAUCUGAUACUUGAUUACUGCAGAAGUCAAAAGAUUCAUACGAUAUCACUGGAAGAAGAUUUCCCCUUGUUCUCCAAUCCAAAGACCGAGAGAUCUCUUAGCCACGAAGCAAAGGAAGUGUUCCUUGCAGCUCUUGUCAGUGAAGGUCGUGCAGAGUGGAUGGAUAAAGGUCACAAGAAGUGCCUCGUUCUUUGGUUAAGGAUACAAGAUUGGGCCAAUUUCCUAAUAAACUUUGUAAAGGAUAAUGGAUUGGAAGUAAUGACCAUCGAAGAAAUACGCUCUGGAACCGAUACUCGUGGAACUGAACUUGAGGGAAUCGAUCGUGGUGUUCUCAUGCGGGCUCUGCGGCAGUUGGAACAGAAAGGCAAAGCAGCUAUCUUCAAAGGCACUUCGGCCGAUGAUGAAGGCGUCAAAUUUUCUGUGUAAAUUUCUUGCAAAUCCUCAAAACUGGCAGACCAAUAAACUGAUCAGUCAGUGUCUUUGAACAUGACGUGAAACAUCACAUCCUUCCCGAGCAGCAGUAUUUUUGUGCAUGUUAGUAUCAAGUGCUGCGGUUGCUAAACUUCCCUAGUUCAUCGUUUCCUGGUUUGCUGUGGUGAAAUUUGACAAGAACUGUUGAACUGCUCA